ACGGAUACAGAUGGACAAGUACGACGACGUCUUCUGUGGGGAUGCCUACCAGAGCACGCUCGGCAUCGACAAGGACGACACGGUCUUGAUGUUCUCCAUCGACGGUGCGCAACUUUACCGCAGCAAGCAGAGUGACGUAUGGAUAGCGAUAUGGGUGAUAUACGACCUGCCGCCCAGCUUGCGGUACCUCAAGGACUAUGUACUGCCGUCCUUCGUCAUCCCAGGACCACGGAAGCCAAAGGUGUUCGAGUCAUUCCUCCUUCCGUCACUUCAGCAUCUCGCCGCUAUUCAGCAAGAAGGUCUUCGGGUAUGGAACGGUGCUCGACGCCAGCUGGUCAUCAACCGACCAUUCGUC